AGCAGGAACAUAAACAGAGUGGGCGGCCCAGCCCGCCCCCACGGGCCCCACCACCCGUCUGGGCCACCAGGCAGGAGCGCAGGGUUUAUUUAACUCACACCCGCCCUGCUGCUGCCCUGACAGCUCCAGGAUCGCCCCGGCGAGCCCUCGGCACGGGCCUCCCGGACACAGUGCGCACCUCUCAGGGCUGGGAGGUAACAGGGGUGCCCAGCGGGGCUGGUUCUUGGGCCCCAUCCCGACCCCUUGGGCAAGGUCCCUAGUGAGGACCCUCACCCAGGGCAUUGACGUGGUGCCAGCCUUGAAGGAGGCGAGAACAGAUAGGUGGCCUGGAAGACGGGGGCCGUGACACAUGGGCAUGGAGACAGCGAGGUGGGGUGACCGUGGGCCAGAUUCUGUCCAAGCAGAACUGUGCUUUAUCCGGCACGAAAUAACUAUGUGCUGGAGUUUGCUGUGCUCAGCUGAUCCUCCCAGCAGCUCCUUGACCCCAACCACUUAACCACAGAGAGGUUAUGUGACCCACCCAAGGUUGCAGAGCGAGUGAGGGAGGAGCGGGGAUCAGAGUCCAGGCUCAAACACCACACACGUGCUAGGUGAGCGGACGAGCCAGGUCCAGCCUGCAGGCAGGGCCCCAAUAAUCCCGUGUAACCGUCUCCUUCCUUCCAGGCCCGGGGUGCGCGCUGGCCCCCAUCAUGCCCUCUGCGUCUACCGCGGGGCCCUUGGCCCUGGCGGCGCCCAAUGCCACGGUGGCGGCAGCGGCGUGGGCCAACAGCAGCGCACCUGAGGUGCCCCUGUUCCACCUGUUCGCCCUGCUGGACGAGGAGCUGCACGCCGCCUUCCCAGGCCUGUGGCUGGCGCUGGUGGUGGUGCACGGCGUCAUCUUCCUGGCGGGGCUGGUGCUCAACGGGCUGGCGCUGUACGUCUUCUGCUGCCGCACGCGGGCCAAGACACCAUCGGUCAUCUACACCAUCAACCUGGUGGUGACCGACCUGCUCGUGGGGCUGUCGCUGCCCACGCGCUUUGCCGUCUUCUAUGGCACACGCGGCUGCCUGCGCUGCGCCUUCCCGCACGUCUUCAGCUACUUCCUCAACAUGCACUGCUCCAUCCUCUUCCUCACCUGCAUCUGCGUGGACCGCUACCUGGCCAUUGUGCAGCCUGACGGCUCCCGCCGCUGGCGCCAGCCUGCCUGCGCCAGGGUCGUGUGCGCCCUGGUGUGGCUGGCCGCCGGCGCCGUGACCCUGUCCGUGCUGGGCGUGACGGCCGGGGGCCGGCCCUGCUGCCACAUCUUCGCGCUGACCGUCCUGGAGUUCCUGCUGCCGCUGCUGGUCAUCAGCGUGUUCACGGGCCGCAUCGUGUGUGCGCUGUCACGGCCGGGCCUGCUGCGCCAGGGCCGCCAGCGCCGCGUGCGCGCCAUGCAGCUGCUGCUCACCGUGCUGGUCAUCUUCCUCGUCUGCUUCACGCCCUUCCACGCCCGCCAGGUGGCCGUGGCGCUGUGGCCCGACGUGCCACGCCAGGCCAGCCUUGUGGUCUACCACGUGGCCGUGACCCUCAGCAGCCUCAACAGCUGCAUGGACCCCAUCGUCUACUGUUUCGUCACCAGCAGCUUCCAGGCCACCGUCCGCGGCCUCUUCCGCUGGCGUGGUGCAGAGGGCGAGCCCAGCAUCGGCCACGCGGUCAGCAUGCACAAGAGCUCCAAGGCCUCAGGCCAGCCACGCAUCCUCAGCACCGGCCCUGGCGCCCUCACGCAGGCCCUGACCAAUGGGCCUGAGGCCUAGUCGGCAGGCUCUGCAAGGGGGCCAAAGGUCAGAAGGUCAGGACUGGGCUAGGCGAGCCAGGUCAGAGACUGCAGCCCACCGCUCUGCCCGAGGGGCAGGUUGGGAUGGCCUCGACCGAUGGGUGACGGCUGCUCAGUGCACUGCAUGGAGAAGGAUUCCGAGCCCAGCGUGCUGUGGUUGAUUAGCAAUGUCUGCCGCAGGCUCUGCAGGGGGUGUGGUGGUCUGAAUGCCAGUUAGUUGCCAUCCCUAGGGUGUAUGUUGUGUCCAUUGAAAACUCAGAGGGGUAGCCAGGAGCUGCUUCUCCCCUGGGCCAUUUUGGCCCCAGAAGGGAUUUCUCAUAAACAGGGACAAAGACUUUUUUAGGUACUGGGAAUUUUAAAGAGAGCUAAAAAGACAACUUGAAGAGGCCCCGUCCCUUCCCCUCCCCCUCCCCAAGGAGAGAGAACAAGGACAGAGAGGAAAUGUGGGGGGAUACGAAUGUCACGUGAGUGGGCAGGAGGGGUUCAGUCUCUGCAGGACCACCCUCCCCCACCCCCAGCCCGGCCUCCAUGAGCCGCACAGUAAGACGGUGUGACACCCAUGGUGCUUUGCUGUGAAUACUGACAACAGGUUGAUGCUGGACCCCUCAAUGACCCCACACAGGAGAGCUAUUGUCUGCCUAUCCGCUGUGCAGGAGGGCCGAGGGUCACAUCCAGGUGCCACCGCUGGGCGAUGGCCGGGCCGGAAUCAAAACCCAAUCAAACCCAAUCAAAACCCAGAAUCAAAAUCCCGGAGCCUCCAACGCCCCUGCGCUGCCCCAUGGAGACCACUCAAGCCCCCCGCUCCAGGAGAGGUCUCGGAAGACCCUGCCUGCUGCCCAGGAGGGCGGCAGGGCUCAUGGCUUCGUCCUAUGGAUGAGAAAACCAAGAACAGAGACACAGUAACUCGAACCCAGGCCUGCCAGCCUAGGGCCACCUUCUCCCACCACACAGAACCCCUCAUUCUCCCCUUGGGGGCAGAGAGGCUGGGACUGGCUCUUCUUGUGUGGCUCCUCUCGUCUCCCUGACUUUCCUGAGGAGGAAGCAUUGCUCUGGCUUGGGCCUCUGAUCACCUCCUCUGGGCUGGACUCCAGGACUGCCUCCACGUGCCUUCUCCUCAAGCUCCCAGGAGCCCUUUCUGAGCUGCUGUAUUGGGGAGGGGGCCUGUUGUGGGGAGAUGAGCUCUGGGCAUCCUGGGCACCUCCAUCCACCAGCUCCGCCCUCACACUUGGCCACAACCACUGAAGCAGGUGAGAUGGAAUCUGGGACCCAGCUUUGCCCUUUGUCUACAGAGAAAGGUCCUGCGUGCUCAGUGGCUCCAGGCAGAGUACCCUGUCCCCCAAGUUCAGAGCCCCGGAGAGAGGCCUGGAUGGGAGACAGGAAGACCAUUUAUAUCCCCAUAUCACAGAUGAGGAAACUGAGGCUCAGAGAGGGAAAGGGUCUUGCCGUGGUUGUAGAGUGAGUAGCUGGAUACUGUGAGGCCAGUGGAGUUGGCUCCUCUCACCUCAGGACCUCGUGGGGCAGCUGGGGUGGGGGAUAUCGGCCCACGCCUCCCUGCUGGGGCCCUGGAGCCUGGGGGAGUCCCAGGCUGGCUCGGCAGGGUCGGGUGGAGCUGCCUCCAGCCCAGGGCUGCUUCUGGCCCAGAUGCUGGAGAAGCAGUGGGUGUGGUCAUCAGCAUCACCACCACUGACAUCCAUGGCCCUGACCAAGUGCCGGGCACAGUGUUGGAGCCCCCCGCCCCCAGCUCAGAGCCGGGGGCCAGGCUCAUCAGGGCCCCAGAGCUGCAGGAGGCGAGCAGGGGCCUGGAUCUGUGAAAGGAGGGAGCCGGGAGUGGACUGUCUGUGCCGAGAAGCACACGGCAAGAGUGAUGCUGGCCCUGCAGAGAGACAUGGGGUUUGGGGGAGGCGCCUCCCAGGCAGUGGCACAGCGGAGGAGGAGGCAGCAGGGCAUGGUCGGGUGUCUGCCCCGCCCAGCAUCAGCAUCACCUGCAGGCUUUCCUCCAGGGUCUCACUCUAAUUCACAGGAAAGAGUGAGUGGCUGACACUAGCUGACCGCUGUGCUUGGGGGCGGAGGGUUGCAGUUUUCCUGGAACAAUCCCUUCUAGGAGGAGGCCUCUCUAAGGUCGGCAAGCGGCGGCCUUCUGUGGCGCCAUCACCUCACUGGACCCCACCCAGGGAGGCGCCCACGUCUGAAAUCCCGCCAGCCAGCCUGGUUCCUGGGGGACUGAGAGCCUUAGGGUGUAGGACCCCCGGGGCCCAGGGGGAGCCUUCCAGCACUCAAGCUUCAGAGGGUGACCCCCUGUCUCCUGGGGCUGGGGCGGGAACGGGGGACCGACCUCACAUCUCCGAGAACUCAGUCUGAUGGCCCCCCACGCAUAACCCUCGCCAGACGGGCCUCAGUUUCCCCCUUCCACUCUUCUCGCUCCUCUCCUCGGCCUGCACCUAAAGGGCAGGGGACCAGGGGCGGGGGUUCACCCCAUGUGUCCUUGUCUGGACCCCCAUGGCUCCCUCAGACGCUUGCUCCCUCCUCCUGACAGUUGGGUCCCUUCCACUCUGGCCUCCUCCAUGAGGACUGAGGCCCGGGAGCCUCCGGAGGCCAGACCGGGGCUGUCCUAACCCCACAGGGGCCAGGGUGUGAGGCCUCCCGGGCCAGACUUCCAAUCAGCCAGAGUGACGUGAGACGGCGUGUAUUUAUGUCUGCUGUAAACGGUUUCCUUAACGUGAAGUUCUCACCCUGAAUUAAAUCCGUUUAUUCCCUUCGUGCCCUUGACUCGGCACCCUGGUUGGCGGGCAGGUAGCCAUGGGCACUGAGCCAGGCGGGGAGCCUACAUGCUCCCCACUCCAUUCACUGUCGUGUGGAUGAGGGGGGCUCCACAGGAAAGGCUGUAGUGGCAGGUUCAGGAUUUCACCACCACUCCUGGGGGCAGAUAUGGGGGCCUUGAGCCUGGCCCACUCUGAAGGGAGGAGAGGAUGGUGGGGGUGCAAGUGGCAGACUUGUGGGCAGGGUGUGGGCACAGUAUCCGGGGUAGGGACACAGACCAGCAGGAUGAUGGGUUCUCGCCCCAUCCUGGUCCCAACUCUGCCUGCCCAGGAGGGGCCGUGGACACAGGCAGGGCAGCCAGGAUGCCCACAGCAUCCUAUGAU